AUGUCUUCCAGUCCAGAUCCCACAGCUAUCCAGCAUGUGCCAAGCCAUCACGACGCAAAGCAGUCAUUAGACAAAGAUGUCGACGCUGGCACCGUGCUCUCCGCCUUGGCGGAAGACAACUUGCCAACAACUACACGGCGAGAAAUAUGGGCGUGGUACGCAUACUACGUUGGCUCCAACGGCCUCUCGUUGUUCAAUUUCGGACCGACCGCUUUUCAGAAUCUACUUUCCCAAGCUGCGCCCACGGAUACUGGCGUCCUUCCAUUUGCGGGUCGCGAGCGAGAUGUAAACAGCAUCGUCUUACUCGCCAACGGCAUUUCGUUUGCAAUCCAAGCUGUUCUGUUCCUUAUCAUCGGCGCGUAUGCCGAUUUUGGUACUGGACGGCGCUGGAUCCUUCUGAUCUGGUCCGUGGUCGCAUACGGUGUAGGGUUCGCCUGGCUGGCAGUCUACGACGCGAGCAAGUGGCAAAUCGCCACAGGCUUGUAUAUCGUGGGUUUGAUUGCCUAUCAGAUGACCCUCACAUAUUGGACUGCGGCAUUUCCUUCUUUGGCCAGAAAUACCAGUCAGCUGAAAGACGCUACCCUACAAUAUCAGGCGGGAGACAUCACGCAGGACGAGAUGGAUCGCAAAGACGAGACAGAAAGAAGCCGACUGAGUAAUAUGGCCUUUUAUAUCCAAUCCGUCGGAGAAAUUGUUAUACUCGCCAUUAUCGUGGGCAUCAUGUUUGCAGUCAAAGUCGACGCCAGUCCGGAGAACAACAACUGGGGUCUAUCAGUUCUCAUCGCCUUUGCCACCGCCUGCUGGCUUGUUCUCUCGAUCCCUUGGUUUUUCCUGGAACAAAAGCGACCUGGUAUGAAGAUUCCCGAAGGCAUGAAUAUCCUGACAGUGGGGCUGUGGCAGUUAUACCAGGCGCUCGUCAAGAUUUGGCGCCUCAAGCAAAGCUUAAUCUAUCUGGGAGGCUAUUUCCUUCUCGGCGACUCUCUCAACACGACUGUCACGGUUAUUGCCACGCUGCAGAACCAGGUUGUCAGCUAUGACACGCUGACAUUGACCUACCUUCUCAUUGUCGGCAUAGUUUCUCAGGCUGCCGGGAUUGGCGCCUUCUGGCUCAUACAGAAACGCUUCAACUUGGACGUCAAGGUAAUGUUCAGUGCGGUCAUGGUCUCCAUAAUUAUACUGGACGGAUGGGGCUUGAUUGGCAAUUGGACCGACAAAUUUGGCUUCAAAAAUGUCUGGGAAAUCUGGUUGUAUCAGGCUUUCUAUGGGCUGUUCGUGUGCCCAUGGUACAGCUACUCACAGAUCAUGAUCAGCUCCGUUACCCCUCGGGGGCAUGAGUUCUUGUUCUUCUCUGUCUUCAACAUUAUUGAAAAAUCAUCGAGUUUCAUCGGGCCGUUGAUUAGCAGUGCCAUUAUCGACGCUUCGGCAGGGCACAACAACAAUAGCGCCCCUUUCUAUUUCUUAUUUGCGCUCAGCUUGGUCAGCGCUAUAUUCAUUUGGGUAUUUUUGGACCUAAAAAAGAGUGCACGGGAACAAGAGGAUUUUCUUAUUGCAGAAAGGGCCCGCACGAGGCAAUUGCCAUCCAGUAGUGUGUCCAAGCCAGCUUCCACAUGUUAG